AUGGCUAGCACUUUAAGACAAGAGCUCUUUUUGGGUGUUUUGCCACCAGGUCUCAAAUUCACGAUUACCCAGGCUGCAGUUUUCUGCAACCCAGGUGGUUAUAAUGUGACAUGGAGAGAUACAAAAAACUUCAACGUUUCUAAUAUGGAUGGUAGAUGUUUUAAUGCUGGGAAUCCAUUCGCACCACGCGAGCCCGCUCGUAAUCCCGGCAAGACAUGUGUCAUGGCCUCUAACUUUUCCGCCACGAUAGCCUCGGGCGGCCAACCAGUCCGCCUUGGUGAAAUGACAUGGGCCAGAGCGAAUACGCUAGACAUCUUUGCACAAGCGGUCCCCGGCUCGGUCGAGCUACGAUUCGAAAUCUCCAAAGCUUCUGGAGGCGCGCUUGCAGCCGGUACUCUGAAAGUCACACCCUCGAGAUUCAAGACAUUUGAGCGCCCAGACGAUAUCGACUUCCUUCUUACCUGGGAUAAUGGUAGAACAGAAACUGGGAAGACAUCUGUAGCUCCUGAUAUUGGCGUUGAUCCUCCCAAGGUUCAUCUCAUGUUCGUUCCAGGACAAGAUGGAAAAUCUCUUGGUGUGACAUUGACACCAAAGGAAGAUGUUUUGAACGCAAUCUCAAGUAUGGCUGUCCGUGGUAUUUUAUAUGCCAACAAAAAGGUCGUCGAAUUUGGCGUCCCUGGCGGUGCCGUCAUCAUCAAGGUUGUUGAACUGCCUGAAACGAUCGAUACUGUCCGAGAUAUUUACUCGGCUGGUGAUGAUUUCAUUUCCGCUAUACAACAGGGCGACAGAAACGCUGCUUUCGUAGCUGCUAUGAAAGUCGCCAAAGGUAUCUAUGAUGUGGGAUCCGGAAUUGUGGACCUUCCAGGAGAUGUUAAAGGAUUUAACGGUCAAGUCAGUGAAAUGCUUUUGGGCAAACUGCCUACCAACUUUAAGGAUAUGUCUGAAACCCUCAGGGAUGAUGUCAUUUCAAAGAUUGUUGAUGAAGCUAUUAACAAGGCGGAUGCUAAGCGCCGUCGGAGAAGGUUGGCUCGUAGGAAGUACUUAGGGUACGAGUAA